AUGAUGGUGGUGAUGCUCGUGCUCGUGCUGUCGGCGUGUUCUCGAGGCGGGGAUGCGCGUGUCCGGCUCAACUCCAUCAGGACGGUGAUCCUGAGGGAAGGGCACGCGCUGCCGGUGAACCGGAGCACGUGGGAACCGAGUCUGGACCUGACGCUCUACCAGUGCAUGAGCGACCUGGAGUGCAGCGAGGGCAGCUAUUGCCACGCCCCCAGCAAAGGCCCAGCCCACUCACGCUGCCAGACCUGUCACAGGAGGAAGAAGCGCUGCCAUAGGGAUGGAAUGUGUUGCCCUGGCAACCGCUGCAGUAACAAUAUCUGUGUUCCUGACGUCGAUAGUUUUAUGACUCAGACGAUCCCCGACUCUGACGGAGAUUUGAGUCUGCUGUCCAAAAAGAAAGGAUGGAAGAAGAGAGGAAGAAUGGACAUGAAAGGGACGAGCGGUAAAGGUCAGGUCGGGGAUCCUUGUCUGCGCUCGUCCGACUGUUCGGACAGUUUGUGCUGCGCCCGCCACUUCUGGACACGCAUCUGCAAGCCGGUGUUGCGAGAGGGACAAGUUUGCACGAGACACCGACGAAAAGGGAACCACGGCCUGGAGCUGUUCCAGCGUUGCCCGUGUGCUGAUGGGCUGAGCUGCCGAACGCUGCGAGAGCCCGGCGCCAAGCCUUCAUCGCCAUCGUCAGUAUUGUCUUCCUCUUCAUCGCUCCUGGCGGCGGCGGUGAAGUCCAAGUUUGCAUCUGCUCCUUCCCGCCACUCGUCUCCACGCUCGUCCUUGUUGCCUUCGACCUCUUUGUCGUCAACAAAGUCGUCGUCGUUGUCAGCGGUGGCAAAAACGAGACUUCAUGUCUGUCAGAAGGACUGAGGAGGGAUGGACGGACUUAAAGAAGGAUGGGAUGAUGGAGGAAGGGAAGAGCUGCGUCUCUUUGCUGGUGACAGAGUCCAGAGACAGAGUCAGGUGGUGUGAGAGGCGACCAAUGAAAACCUUUUUACACCUGUGAAAACAACAACCCCCAAAACUGUCCCACGACCUCGAUGCUAAUUCGCUUCCUGUCAGUCUGCAUUCACACUCAGCCGCAUGUGAAACCCUUUGUGGUUCAGAUCUGGUUUCCUCCUGAUGUCUAGACGAACAGAAACCACUUUAAAGUCCGGUUUGACUCCAUUUACACCAACAGGAAAACCUGAGUCUGUUGUGAGGCUUCCAGGAUCCAAAGAUCUCAAUCAUGUGCUUUUAUUUUGAAAAACCACAUUUCAGAACAUAAUGAAGUAAGAAAGUAAAGAUAUAUUUUAUUUUACAACAAAAUAAAACAAUUUAGAUUCAUUGUUUUCCACAGUUAAUGUACUAACAUUAACUUAUCUGUGUAGCAGCUUUAUUAAAC